CUGGCCAAGUAUAUAAUGGCCAAGCAGGUUACCCACGUUUUAUAAAUUAAGAUAUGAAUAAUCAUAAGAAAUGAACACCUAAGAAAUCUACAUGCACAAAUGUUUAAUGGGUAAACAGAUAUUUCGAUUGGUCAAGCGUCGAUGGUUAUGAUGAUGCCAGCUUUAAAGUACAUUUCUUACUUGAUACCUACAAGCUUUGGUCGGCUAACAGUUAUCUUCAGACAGCCGAGGUUAUCUCACGACGUCUUCCAAUCCGUCUUUAGCUAUCAGAUUUGGGUCGUGUGGAUACUAGUUUGGAUCUCUAUUGCCAUCACGUGGCUCAUAAUCAACCAUGUCUGGUCAACAAAGUUAUCGUCGACCACCUUAAGUGAAGACGAUUCUGUUGAAAAGAAAAUCCGAAACGAAAUACCAGAUUCAACAAUGCAUAGUUUUACGGAAGUGUGUUUGUGGUGUUUCUCCGCAAUUUGUUGUAAAGGGUGGCACAAUCAACCAAAAGAAAUUUCCAGUAAAACUGUCGUCCUAAUUGGACUGACAUUUGCGUACAUAAUUAGCAUAUUUUUUUCCGCUUCACUAACUUCUAAUUUAGCCACUGAGACAAUUCCCAUUAAAACUUUCUCAGAUUUUGCGCUUAGCAAUUUGGACCUUUAUGGAGAUAGGCGACUUCCUCUUGUUCGAGAUAUUGUCAGUGACGUGUACUACAAAACAAGACGAAUUAAACAAUUCAAAAAAGGAAAAACCAUUGAUUCAUAUUUCAUGCGAAUUAACGAUUCUUUCCAAACGAUAUUGACCUCAAAAUCUGGAUUUGUUACUUUCGAGGAUGCUGCAAAAAGUGAAAGCGUAUCUUUAAAAGCUGGAUACAGUAACGCUUACUUCUGCGAAACCAUCUCUGCAAUAACAAUUUCCAGAACAGUUUUCCCCACAGCCAUGUUUGUUAGAAAAGGGUCGCAUUUACGAGAAGUUUUUAACCAAAAAAUUAUGUUACUUAUCGAGCGUGGAAUAAUAUUCCGACUGAAUGUAAUUUACAAUAAGAAAACUCUCGUGACAUGUCAAACAACGGAGGAGAAUUAUCGCGGAGGUCUUGGACUAACGGACCUUUCCAUCGCUUAUAUCAUUUCCUCGGUUGGAAUUGUACUCUGCGUUGGUGUACUCUUGAUAGAAAAACUGGCCUUCGGAUGUACUGAAAGUAAAGCCAUGAGUUGGAUGCGAAGACAUAUUUUUCCUUAACUUUUAACUAUGAGCAAAUAUGUACAAAUUGCAUACCAUGUUGUGUACAUGCAUAUUUACAAGUCCUAAGUUCAAUGUAAGGAUAUCAUUAAAAAUGCGUUCACAUUACUUACAUUUAUAAAAUCAUAGAUAAUCUUCGUUUAUAAUUUAGUUAGAAUUAAAAUUUA